CAGUGUGUGAAAACAAUAAACAACCUCGGCCAUAGGCAACGCGCAAGAGGACUUGUCAGUCCUUUAUCGACUUGUACUUUAACGAAAUACUCACAGGACACAUUUUGGUGACGGCUGUGAACUUAACAGAGAACGCGUCAGGCCGGUGUUGCUCUUGACAAGAAGAAAAAGCACGAAUAUUUCGUGUCAGGAGAGGAAGUUACGGUUUAACGUACCCCUUCCUUAGCUCCAGCCAACUAGCCACCCGACAAUUUGCCCGUGGUUAUUUGUCCACUUUGUUUUGUUUGUUAUGCAGUUACCGAAGAGCUUUUCUCGCCUAGGUUCUCAUCCACCUUUCUGCUCCCUUACUCCCACUUCUCUGGCCCUAUGUCUCGGUGGCUCUUCCCCUGGUCUGGCUCAAUAAAGAAACGGGCCUGCCGAUACCUUCUACAACAUUAUCUUGGGCAUUACUUGCAGGAGCGACUGAGUUUGGACCAGCUUACGCUCGACCUGUACAAUGGCAGCGGUGUCAUUAAAGAAAUUAACCUUGAUGUCUGGGCGGUGAACGAGCUUUUGGAGUCCUUGGGGGCUCCUUUGGAGAUUACGGAAGGAUUCGUUAGCAGCAUCGCCGUCACCAUCCCAUGGUCUGCACUGGUCACAGACCACUGUACCCUUGAAAUUACUGGUUUACAAAUUACAUGUCGCCCAAAGUACAGAACAGGAGGAGGAUGGGACUCUCAGGGCUGGUCCUCCUGCAUGACCUCCAGCAUGCAGCUGGCCCAGGAGUGCCUAAAGGAUCCGCCAGAGACGUCAGAAGAGCCGCCUGCACCUUUAGAGGGCCUGGAGAUGUUUGCACAAACCAUCGAGACAGUGCUUCGGCGGAUCAAAGUCACCUUCCUGGACACCAUUGUCCGGAUCGAGCACCAUCCCCUGGAUUCAGAAUCCGGGGUUGCCUUAGAAAUGAACAUCAAACGGGUGGACUAUUGUGACGAGGCCGUGAGGGACUCUAGUCAAACGGUGCCUGUAGACAUCCACCAGCCGCCUGCCUUUUUACACAAGAUCCUACAGCUCAGCGCUGUGCAGCUCUUCUAUGAGAAGAUGGGAGGACCACGGGAGUUGAUACCUGAUGAUCAGCUGGAUGGUGUUGAGGAAGAGGAGGAAGGCGAGGACGAGGAUGACGAUGACGAUGAUGAAGAAGAGGACGAAGAUGGUGGCCUCCGCAGGCCUCCUCCCAACAGCCCCAGCCAGCCUCUGCUGAUUGGCAGCUGCUCUGGCUUCAUGGAGACCACCGUCAAGAUCAAACAGAAUGACAUGCUGCCUGGUCCCAAGCUGGAGUUGGAUGGCAAGGUGGGCUGUCUGCACCUCUUGCUGAGCCCAGACCAGAUCACCCACCUGACCAGUCUCCUUGAGGCCCUCUGCAUCGAGACAGAGCCGGCGGGCGCAUGUGGCACUCGGAGUCGUCCGCUCGGUUCUGAGGAUCUGCGAGUCAUCGAGGAGGACCUGAACAAACAGCUGAGCUCGGACGCCACACUAGAACUCGACCCAGAACCAUUCCUCAUCACUGGCUGGGAGAAUGGAGAGAUGUUCUAUUCCAUGGGGCCAGGCAUGACCAGCAGUGUGUUAUCUGCACGUUCAGGCAGUGAGCUAUCAGACAGCGAUAUGGAGUCGUCCAUGCACAGCCAACAUAGUUACACGCACCCUCUCUCUCCACAGGGUAUGCUCAACUGCCCCAGACGAUAUCCUGUAGCAGGAUCCUUAUCUUCUCUGCCCCAGUGUAGCCGGCCACCAGGUCGAUCCUCAGCUGGCAGCAAAUCAGAGCCCAUGAAGCCAGAUGCUUUGCUGCGCCUCUCCCUGGGCGGAGUCACACUGACGCUGCUUCAACAGGACCCACCCCCUGGGGCAGACGGAGAGCCCUCAUUGGCCGCUGUGUCCGAAGUAUUCUUUAAAGAGCUGGCUUUCUUUAAAGACAGCAUGUUCAGCGAGAGAGACUUUCAUCACCUCAGAGCUGGCUUUAGCAAAGCCUGCCCGUAUUCUCACAUCAGGCUGACAGGAGCAGCCAUGCAGAUAUCGUGUGAGAUGCGAAGUGCUGGGCGGCACACGCACGCGGUCACGUCCGACCUGUCCUUCAGCAGACUGGAACUGCUCGAGUGUCUGUGGGAGAGCGGUGGGCCUCAGUAUACUGAGCUUAUCCAGUUUCAGACGGCGGGGCUGUUCACUGUCGGAUCCACAGCUCGACCCUGUGCUCAGAUACAUCACAGCCUCACAGAGAGGAACAUGCGCAAGGGAGCAAAGCAGCGUAUGUUGCAGAGGACAAGUGUACUGCGUGUGGAACUUGGGGAGCUGACCUCUGAGCUGGACCUGGACUUCAUCGGCCGCCUGGACUGUCUCAGCCGGGCACUGAGCUCCACAUCUCAAACAUCUGAUUCACCCACAAAGUCACCGACCCAGUGUGUAGAGCAGCGUUCCUCCCUCACCCUCCUGUCCCCUCACGCCGUCCUGAAGCUCCGCUUCCCCAUCCCUGACCUCCGACCUCCAGAGGAGCGGCGGCCCUUGACCGAGCGUGCCGUCCGAAGCGAGACCCUGAAGCUGGAGGUGUCUCAGCUCGAGAUCCGAACCCAGUCGGGCCCGGCCGACGCACCUGCAGACACGCAUAACAGGCAGACACAUGGCACGCACACACCGCCCAGCGCAAGCGCAUCCCAGACAGAGCUCAACCUCAGCACGCUGUUUGAGGCUACCUUCAACGACCUGCAUGGUGUGUAUGAAAACUGGGAAGGUGGGUCUUUCCCCUGUAUUCGUGUCCAGAAGAGUUCUGACCCACAGAAUCCUGACGCCUUCCCCAGGAUCUCGAUGCGAGCGAGGGGUGGUGCUGGAGCAGAGGCUAUGGUGGGGGCUCUGCGGGACCUGGGCUUGGGUUCCAUGUCUCUGGAGAACCCGUGUGAGAUGCGUGAGAAGAACAGCUCACCGUUCUCAUCCAACCGCACCAUGUUCGAGACAGAGGAGAUGGUCAUCCCAGCAGACCCAGAGGAGAUGCGUGUGUUUCAGGAGCAGUGUGUUAGUGAGAGCCAGUGUGUGGUCGACGUCAUCCUCCCCAGUGCUUACAUCCUCCUGCCCAGCAAGGAGGCCCUCAACAGUGUUUACAACAGAAUCAAUAAUGAUUUGUUGAUGUGGGAGCCUCCUGUGACUUCCUCUGCUGAAACGGGGAAGCCCCGCUCCGCCACUCACCGCUCGCCUCAGGACGACGAGUUCCAGCUCUGCAAAUCAGCUUUCAAGCUUGACUCUGACUCAGAUGAAGAGGAUCAGUUCUAUUCAUCUAGCGAAUCAGUACGUCGGAAAAAGUCCUUACCUCAACCUGACCAUACCCUUAGCACGCUGUCACUGACUGUACUAAUAGGAAAAGGGCGCGUCCAUGCCAUAACGGACAGCAAGAACGAAGCUGGGCGCAAAGUGGAAAUGAGCCAUGGAGAGUUUGUGUUGGAUAUAGAGGGCGGGAAGAUGUUCAGUGUGGCAAAGCAUCAGAACAACCCCCAUCUCAGCUUCCUGACUCUCGAGAGCAAAAAGGUGGAGCUUCACCACAGAGCUGUUGUUCCUGACUCGCCCCUCCCAGCUCGGUUGGAGAUGCCCAGAUUCACUGCCCCCGAGUACCUGGAUCCUACCAUCUACCCCACAGAGGUGGGGGUGAGCAGCGUCUGUGGGCGGGAGACGGAUGUGCAGAUGCUCUCUACUGCCAUCAAGAUCACACUGGACCCUCAGAGAAAUGUGAAGGAAUUUCUGGUUGCGCUGCGUCUCCGUGGUGCAACAUUACGACAUCACAUGGCACUGAACAAUCACAGCUGGCACGAGCAGCUGGUUGAUGCAUUAGAUGUGGUGGAUGAUGAUAUCUUGGGAUACACAGCCCCUGCUGUCAUCACUGUUCUACACACACACUUGGCCUCCUGCGCAGUUGACUACAGGCCCCUCUAUCUCCCUCUGAGAGUGCUGUUCACAGCAGAGUCCUUCUCCCUGUCCAGCAACAUCAUAGUGGACACGGCCACCUUCCAUCUCAGGUUUAUCCUGGAUGACUCUGCUCUAUACUUGUCUGAUAAGUGUGAGGGUGACACCGUGGAUCUAAGAAGAGAUUAUGUGUGUGUGCUGGACAUCGACCUUUUGGAGUUGGCCAUUACCACCUGGAAAGGCGGUGAUUCUGGAAAACUGACUCAGCCGUUGUUUGAGCUGCGCUGCUCCAAUAAUGUGGUGCACCUGCACACCUGUGCCGACUCCUGUGCCGCCCUCAUCAACCUGCUGCAGUACCUGGUUGCCCAGGGUGACCUGCACCCCCCGCCCAAACACACGUCCCCUACUGAGAUCGCCGGACAGAAGCUGCCGAAGCUCUCAGAAAGCCCAGCCUCCCUCCCACCGUGCCCCCCUGCUGAGACUGCUGAAAUCAACCAAUACGACCUUGCCGAUGCCUUGAUUGACACAGAGAAGAGCCUACGAGAUGAGAGAGAUUCUGGUUCUCCCUCCUCUGCGCCGCGGGCCUCACCGGUCUCGGUUUACCUAUUUCCUGGUGAGGCUCCUAAGCCCCGCCCAAUCAUGCUGGAGGGGGAGGAGCUGGAGAUGGAGCUGGAGGAAGAGGUAGCCACGGCAACGGAGGCGCACGCUGACAUGAUGUCAGAUGAGGGCUCCGAGGGCUCCACAGACAACGAUGACUUCUGCAUCCUCGAAGCACCGGGCAUGGGCAUUCCGCCCCGCGAUGGCGAGCCUGUGGUGACGGUGUUAAACGCGGGCCCCAUCCGCGUGAAAGACGGCUACUUCUCCCGGCCCAGAGGCAGCUCGGACCUGCUGCGGGCCCCCUCGCGCUUCCCCGUGCCCCAGACCCGCCUGGUGCUCAAGGAGAUCUCUGUGGUCUGGCACCUGUAUGGGGGCAAGGACUUUGGGGGCAAGCCGGCACUCUCUCUCGCCCACCAGCACAGCCAAAGGGGUCGCUCUGCUCCUCCUGGGGCACGUGGCUCCCCGUCCCGCUCCGUGGCUCCCUCCCGCCCACAGAACUCCUGGCGCUGGCAUGGGGGAAGUGGACGCCAACACACGCUUCUCAUGGAGAUUCAACUCACCAAGGUGAGCUUCCAGCACGAGUCGUAUGCGGUGUGUUCCCCGGCGACGGUGGCUGGAGGGGAGGAGGGCGUGUGUGUGAGCGUGGGCGAGCAGCCCGUCUCCCGCCAGGUCUUCAUUGUCCAGGAGCUGGAGGUGCGCGAUCGCCUGGCCUCCUCGCAGAUCAACAAGUUCCUCUACCUGUACACCAGCGAGAGCAUGCCGCGCAGAGCCCACUCCAACAUGCUGACGGUGAAAGCGCUGCAGGUGUGUCCGGAGUCAGGACUGGGAGGCCCAGAGUGUUGCCUGAGGGUCAGUCUCCUGCCGCUGAGACUCAACAUAGACCAGGAUGCCUUGUUCUUCCUAAAGGACUUCUUCAGCAACAUGGCCUCUGGGGUGAACCCCUAUAUGCCAGUAGACCUAGCUGCUGAAGUGAGACCAGAAGCAGGUCAGCAGAAGCAGGGUGAUGAGUCGGAGACAGUGGCGGGGCCUGGCCUGGGUCCAGACCUGACGGCCUCGGUGGAGACCACCUUCAGUGAGCAGAGCUCCUCCUCGGCCGGCUCCUCCUCCUCCUCUGAGCAGCCCAUCUACUUCCGUGAGUUCCGCUUCACGUCUGAGGUGCCCAUCUGGUUGGACUACCAGGGCAAGCAUGUGGUCAUUGAGCAGGGUACCUUUGCGGGAAUUCUGAUUGGAUUAGCCCAGCUGAACUGUUCUGAACUGAAGCUAAAGCGACUGUGCUGCAGGCAUGGUCUGCUGGGGGUGGAUAAGGUGAUCCAAUAUGCUGUGAACGAGUGGUUGACUGACAUCAGGAAGAACCAGCUGCCAGGAAUUCUGGGUGGUGUAGGCCCCAUGCAUUCUGUAGUGCAGUUAUUCCAUGGAGUGAGGGAUCUGUUCUGGAUGCCCAUAGAGCAGUACCGGAGGGAUGGCCGCAUUAUCCGUGGCCUCCAGCGGGGGGCAGCAUCGUUCGGUACAUCAACUGCAGCAGCAGCUCUGGAGCUCAGCAACCGCUUGGUGCAGGCCAUCCAGGCCACGGCAGAGACUGUUUACGAUAUCCUGUCGCCAACCCCUCCUCUGACGCGCUACAUCACGGAAGGACGCCCCACCCCCAGGCCCAGGCGGACCCCUCAGCCUGCCGACCUCAGGGAGGGCGUGGCCAAAGCGUACGAUACCGUCAAAGAGGGUGUGAUCGACACUGCACAGACGCUGUGUGUAGUGGCGUCUCGGGGGCACGAGCAGAAGGGCUUGCCCGGCGCUGUGGGCGGAGUCCUACGGCAGAUCCCGCCCACCGUGGUGCGCCCGCUCAUCGUGGCCUCCGAGGCCACGUCCAACCUGCUCGGCGGCAUGCGGAACCAAAUCAAGCCGGACGCGCGCAAAGAGGACUUCUUAAAGUGGCGCACAGAGGAAGGACAGGAGUGAGGAGAUGGCUUGGGCCUUGAUGCCAUACAGCGGAUAGACAUACAUUGGAUGACAUCAAAUGUUAACCGUGUGUGUGCGUGUGUGUGUGUGUGUGUGUGUGUGUGUGUGUGUGUGUGUGUGUGUGUGUGUGUGUGUGUGUGUGUGUGUGUGUGUGUGUUUGUUUAUCAUAAGAGAAAGUAUGUCCUUUCAUCUGUCGACAAAAGAGCAUCAUGAAGCAGCAUGCUUGCUUGUGUGUGCGAGUGUGUGUACGAAAGUGUGUUUGCUUUUGCUUCUGUUUAACGUGUGUUUGUGCAUGGGUUGGAUGUGCAUUUUGCAAGAUACAAGAACAAGUAAAUGCAAAAACACACUUGCAAAGACAAACCACUAUGGUAUGAAUGAGCGCCAGUAUUCUUUUCAAGCUUCCACUUGUCUGCCAUCUCGCGUACAUACAUUACACACAGACCUUUUUGUGAACACGUGAAUUUUGAUGACCUGACUAGCACCAGAGAUUUGGUGUAUCAAAGAAUAUGUCUGUUUGUACUUCUUGCUUUAGUGUUUUUGUGAGUGAAAGUUUGUGAAGGUGUCACUAUAAUGGUUGCCUUUAUGUAGGUGUGUGCGUGUGUGUGUGUGUGUGUCUUUAUUUCUGUCUUUCUUUCACAUCUUUACAGAUGUUGUGUGCCAUAAUUCUGUAUGUUUUUUUUUAAACAUGCGGCCGCCCAGACUCAGUGUGCUGAGUAUUUCUGUUGAUUCUUCCUUUUAAGAGUCAGUAUAUAGAGCAUCGUCCUACACUAACCCUCGAAUGUUCAGAUUCUGCAGUGAACGCGCCACCUUGCGGCCUAUAGUUUUCUGCUCAUUCUUGCGAAUCGCAAUGUUGUUACCCUCAUAUCAGUCACCUGUACGUAGAGGCAUGUGAUACGCUAACCAUUAUUUUGGCCAUCUGCUACAACGAAAAUAUCGAUUAGCUUUGUAUUUGCCGUCAUCUGUGUGUGCUAACAAGCUAACAAGUCUUUCAUCUGAUUGCUGUUGGCAAUUCAGCAGUUUGUUGUCAUCUAGAUAUCCGGCAAGCACUGAAUAUGCAUCUUUUACCCAUAUGUAGGGACCUGACAAUUGUCUGUAUAGCAACACUAACAUUUCAACAAAAAUGUAUAAUUAAAAAUUAUUUGCUGCUCAUACAGUGCAGAAAUGCAAUGUAUGCUUGUCAAUAUCUAUUCAACCAGUUGAAUCGUGUACCAUUCUUCCCCCUUUUUAUCACCUGCCCGUUGACAUUUUUUCCUCCUCUCUGCAACAUAUUUGACAUGUUUUGUGCAUUGAGGUUAGCAACUUAAUUCUGAUCUGCUAACGCUACACAUUUUGGUUAGCAUCCUGCCCAGGUGUGAUGAGGUAUCCUCAUUAGCCGUGUCUGCUGAAUGGCUGUUUGGUGCUUUUUUUACAUGUCUCAAAGAUGUCUGAUUCAGGCUGAGCUUGCCCUUCAAGCCAAUGAGUCUGGACCUUCCCCAGAAACAUGUGUCCUUUAUGGAACCCUCUUGCCCUCCUCUCUCCGAAGAGGAGUAGGAGCCCUAUCCCUUGGCUUUUUGACUGACUCGCUUGUCUUGCCUUCCUGUAUUUGCUUUUCAUCCGGUUCUGUUUUGUUUCAAUUAGCUUUAUUUUAUUUUUUGAGCCCGGACAAGUAGUCUUUUAUUUUGUAAUUAUGAGUUAGCCUUGUGUUUGUAAUAAUACUAAUCAUAUUCAUGGAACUUUGUGUGAGCGUGAUGGUCCCUUGUUUUAGGAGUUCUGUGGGGGAGUUUUUACUUUUUUUCCUGGGUUGAUAUUUUACAUCUGUAUUUUAAUGUGUAAGGGAAGUGUGGAGUGUGUGUGUGAGAGGGAGAGAGAGAGCGAGAGAGAAUGCAUAUUUGUGUUUUUUGUGUUUGAGGGUGAGUGUAGCUGUAUACUUUGUCUCCAAAGGGUGUUUGCAACUGUGUGAGUGUGUGUGUAUGUGUAUGACUGUGAUUCACUUGUCCGUGUGUUUUAUGUAAUUAUUACUCUCAUCAGAGGCUGUAAGAAUGACUUGUACAAUACCAAGACAAUGUGUAAACAAAACUUAAUACAAAAAUAAAAUGUGUACAUUACAAAAAAAAAUACA